UUCUUUCAUGUCGUCGAUGUGCCAGCUUCAAAUUUCCUCUCGGUCAUGCCGAGGUGCUGUGCUCCCGGCUGUUCGAACGAUUCGAAGGAUGAUGCCUGCAAGAAUUUGACGUGGUUUACGUUUCCCCACGACAAUGAGUUGCGUCUUUCGUGGGUGAAAAACAUGGGCAGAGCAGCUCGAGUCGCCGGUGGGAAAACACACAAGCUCUUUGAGCCAAUCAAGUGGGAUCGUUUGUGUUCAGCCCACUUUGAACCGACCUGCUUUCAGCGUGAUAUGAUGAGCGAAUUCAUGGCUAGCGGAGCGAUGAGCCAGUCUGGCAAAAAGCGACCUCGUAAGCUCGUGGAGGGUGCAGUGCCAACGUUAUUUGCGAGUUCAGGUCUGUCUGCAAAGUCUAGUUCCACACCGAAAACAACACCUCGAAAGGAAUCACUUUACCUCAAGCGAAAACGCGAGCAGGAGGAAUCAGACGAGGAGCUGGCUGCACGAGAAUGUAGAGGACCAGGCCCAACGAGCACAGGGACAUCCUAUUCCACCACAUCCAUGCCUGCGUCUGUCGAGUGUGAGGAGGUUCAGGAGACAGCCCAAUCACAUAGCAGUACAGCUGUUCUUCAGGGUCCAUGUCCGCCAUUAUGUACUACAUGCACCACUAACGAUGAAGAGACCGGUGCCUCUAGCUCAUGUGAAGAUAAUGACUCUGUUUUUGAGCCAGGUGAGCCGGAGAGUGGGGAUGAUGAGAAUUAUGACCCCGUGUUCGACAGGAAGUUCAUAGUGUUUGAGCAAAACCUUGACAAUCUCUUUCAACGCUGUCAGGAAUGUGGUGAGAAAGUUGCACAAACAUCCAAGACUACACAAGGAUCCCUUCUGAUCGUGACAGCUGUAUGUGUAUCAGGUCACACUGUGCAAUGGAAGUCGCAACCUAAACUGCAACGUGCACCCGUCGGAAACCUUCUGUUAUCUGCUGCAAUAUUGUUCAGUGGCUGCCUGUACAACACCUUCUCACUAUUCGCGUCGCUAUUGAACCUUUGUGUCAUGGGCAAGUCUGUGUAUUACGAAAUACAACGGAAAAUGUUGUGCCCUGUCGUGAACAAAGCGUGGAGCAAUCAUGUCGGCUCUCUCCACAUACUGGCUACUGACGAACCACUGAAGUUCAUAGGAGAUGGUCGAUGCGACAGUCCGGGCUACUCUGCCAAGUACUGCACCUACACCAUCAUGGAAGAGUCCACGGAUUUGAUUUUCGAUUUUGAACUGAUGCAUGUAUCUAUGACCGGAAACAAUAGUGGUACUAUGGAGAGAGAAGGGCUGCGCAGGAUUCUUCACCGAUGUGAAGACAGCCCUUUCAGCAUUGUUCAGUUUGCCACUGAUAGAAGUGCGCAGGUCAAGGCCAUGAUGAGGGACAGCUUCGGAACGGUCAACCACCAGUUCGACAUCUGGCACUUUGCGAAGUCCAUUUCCAAGAAGCUGACCAAGGCCACAACGAAAAAAGAUAUGGAGAUGCUGAGGAAAUGGAUUCCUGCCAUAGCAAAUCACCUUUGGUGGUGUGCUUCAUCUUCGCCAGGAGAUCCGGUUCUGCUGCAGGAGAAGUGGUCGUCGCUGCAGCACCACAUCACGAACGUGCACUCCUGGGUAGGCGCCACUAAGUUCGUGAAGUGCGCCCAUGAAGAUCUUCCGGAAGAUUCGAGCACAUAGUGGCUUGCCAGUGGAUCCGCGCAGCACGCAGCCCUCAUCAAGAUCUUAUCGGACCGCACCAUUCUGGCCGACUUGCUGCAUCUGACGGAGUUCAGCCACACUGGAUCCCUGGAGGUGUUCCACUCCAAUCAGCUGGUGUGGACACCAAAGCGCAUCCAUUUCUCCUACACAGGUAAUUAUGUGUUAUGAAUGUGGUGUCUGAAGAAGUGUGAUUUGACCACCACAACGCUUAUCACUACGUGCGAUUGUUUAGGCUAAUAUGCAAGAAAAACACCUUGACUCAGUCGUGACAUGUAUACAUGUAACUCAUACAAAGACUUUAUAAUAAAUU